AUGAAAAUCAUCGAAUUUGGCGUUUUUCUAAUUGUCACGUUUUUUGUCUCUUCAGUGUUCAGCAAUGAUUGCAAGACGGAGACAACUUGCGGGACGUGCAUUCAGCGAAAUGGUACUUGUGGUUGGUGUCUUUCUCCAGACUAUAAAGGUAACUUCCGGUGUGAGACAAAAGAGCGCUUAAUAAGUUCCGGCUGUCCUGAACAUAAAGUCCUCCAAUCAAUCAACAGUGCUCACCUGCAGAAGAACAGAAAAGUGACGAAAAAGCGGUUGUUGCAGCCACAAAAAGUUACGCUACAACUGGUCCCAAACACUGGUUAUGUUCUUCCGGUCAAAGCUUAUCUGUUAGCGAAGAAUAAUGAUCAACGUUUAGGAGGGGAGGUGAUCCUAUCAGUCAAGGCACCAAAGUAUUUGAAAGUUACAAUGAAGUCUGAUUGCAAUAACAAUCACCCAGCUCCUGUCGAAACAUCUUCAUGUCAUGGUAUACACGAUGGACAAACUGCCACAUUCUCUUUCACGAUUCUCACUGAAACUUGCUUCGCGAAGAAGAAAACGAUUUACGUUCGCGCAAAUAAUAUGAGGAAGGCUCAGUUGGUAAUCGUCGUCAAAGCGAAAUGUGAAUGCGACUGCGAACGGAAGAAAGCAGUGAAAGAUAACGCCCAAUACUGCAAUGGAAACGGCAAGCUUGUUUGUGGCCUGUGCAAUUGUAACUAUGGUAACUAUGGACGAAAUUGUGAAUGCAGUGGAGGCAGAGAAAAGGACGAAAAAGACUGCAUUCGACCGGGUGACAGUGAGGUGUGUUCCGGAAACGGAAAUUGCCUGUGCGGAAAUUGUAUGUGCUUACCAGACUCGUUUGGAAACAACCGUUACAGUGGGCGCUAUUGUUCUUGUGACCGUAUGAGUUGUCCAAGAUUCAAUGGAUCUGUUUGCGGAGUGAACAUUCUUUCACCCUCUCUUCUCUCAUCUCGCUCGCUACACAUAGCCCUACCUUUCCCUCUCCACAUUCCCAGUUCCUUUCUUUCUCUUUUCUUCCGCAACUUACCGGACAAUUUCAUUUUUUGUACAAGAUAA